UCAGCUUAAACACGCCUCCCUUAUUGACUACUGUCUCUCUCUUUCUCUCUCUAGAACUUUCUCUCACUACCCUCAGCUAUGGCCGUCGUCGAGCCAACCGCCGCCGCACCGGAAAAUCCUCUCCUCCGUCGUCGCAACUCCGUUACGCUACCUACAAAGCUCAGUUUACCUCUUCAAUCAUCAGCAUCAACUACUACAGCUACCGUCACGUCAUCGGCUUCGUCUUCGUUGACGAAUUCGGUAAGCGAUGAUUUUGAGCUUUUCUCAAUUAAACCUGUAUCGUAUACUUCUCUAAGAGAUCUAUUACCGCCGGCAACUGUUAAUUCUCCCCGGCCUAUGGCUACGGCUAGUAACGGCCAAUCAGGUUCCGAGAUUUCAAUACGGAAUCGACUUGUGAAGCAAGCCGCUUGGGCUUAUCUUCAGCCGAUGUCGACUUCGCCGGAUUCAUCCGGACGGAGCUUAUUUAGCCGUCUCUGGUUUCGAUUUCCGGUUAACAAUCCCGUUGCCGGAGUAAUCGAAUUCGUUGAUCGGUGCAUUUUUGCUCCUUUGAGUAGAGCUGUUGAUUGGAUACUUCGUGCUAUUCGGAUCCGGAGCUCCAGAUAACAACAAAUACAAAUAAUCCGAACAGUAUUGAAGUUCGAUUAAAAAAAAAUUAGCAUCAUAAAUGUACAAUGAACGAAUUUCAUUUUUCUAUAUGUAUAAACCACAAGAAAAAGGAAAAAAAUUCAAUAAAAAAUAUUUAAAAUCGAA